AGCGGCGUUGCCCCCGCCUCUCCCCGCCGCGGAUGGCUGCAGCCCCCUCCAGCUGACUCAGUCCUCCCUCCCCGCAGCAUUGCAGCACCUCCGCAGCUCCUGCGCUCCCUCCUGCUCCUGCAGCACCGCUCCGCUCCCGCCGCAGCAUGGCCAGCACCGUCUCAGCCUACAAGGAGAAAAUGAAGGAGCUGUCUCUGCUCUCCCUCAUCUGCUCCUGUUUCCACACCCAGCCCCAUCCCAACACCAUCUACCAGUAUGGAGAUAUGGAGGUGAAGCAACUGGAUAAGAGGGCAUCAGGCCAGAGCUUCGAAGUGAUCCUGAAGUCCCCUUCAGAUUUAUCUCCUGAGAGCCCAAUCCUUUCCUCCCCUCCCAAGAAGAAGGACCUGUCCCUGGAGGAGCUGCAGAGGAGGCUGGAGGCUGCAGAAGAGAGGAGGAAGACCCAGGAGGCGCAGGUGCUGAAGCAGCUGGCGGAAAAGCGGGAACACGAGCGGGAGGUGCUGCACAAGGCACUGGAGGAGAACAACAACUUCAGCCGCCUGGCCGAGGAGAAGCUCAACUACAAGAUGGAGCUGAGCAGGGAGAUCCGUGAGGCACAUCUUGCUGCCUUGAGGGAGCGGCUCCGUGAGAAGGAACUGCACGCAGCCGAAGUCCGCAGGAACAAGGAACAGCGGGAGGAGAUCUCUGGAUAAAGGGCUUUUCUACACAUCUAGCACCUGAUUCCUGUUAACAAACCAACCAAUUGACCAACCAACACGUUUUAUUUUGUUUGUCUAGACGCGUCAUUCGGUUCUCCAUCCCCCCUCCCAUCCCCCAGCUACACGCUUCUCUCUGCAUCCCUAAUCGUCAGUGCUUGUGGGGAUUCACAGAUCAUAGGGACCUCUAAGCAGAAUAGCAACUAGUUCACAUCAAAUAGAGAAUCAAUCUGUCAAUCAGUCAAUCAAACAGCUUCUUUGGAGGGUUUUGUCUUUUUUCUUUUUUUUUUAAAUAUUUCUUAAACUGAUGUUAAAAAAAAAAACCCAAAUGAAGAUAUUAAUAAAUUCAACCAGCAGUGUCACAUAAGAAAUACGGAUUUCUUAUCCAGAGCUUUUCCUCCUCUUGGUGUUUCCUCUGGGCCAAAUAUCAGUUUCAGAAAAAUGGGAAGUAAGUGAUAAUUUCUGUGUGUGAAGUAAAAUAGGGAGCAGCCCCCUGUUUGCCCAUGGUGGGAGAGAGGAAAGAGAGGGAUGGAUGGCUCAGGACUUGCAGUGUGCAGAACCCCAAUCUUUUGGCUGCCUCCAGAGCCAUCCCAGUUAGGCAGUGACCACAGCCCUCACCUUUGAGUGAUUUUUGAGAACCCGUGUGGAAGCAGCUGAGGGGCUCCACCCAAAGCUUGGUGCCAGGUGCCACAUCACAGCAAGUCCCUGUCACGGCAGGCACUGCCUGAUGCCCUGGCUGGCCACUGAGCCACCCUCUCCCUGGCUGAGGGGAGACUGAGAGGUCUUAGCUGCUCUGCCCAGGAGAGCUGUGGGUGGUGAUUUCAUUCCCAGCUCUGUGGGAACCUUGGGAGAGACCCUCAGCCUCCUGUGGGCUCCCCAGUGCUCCCACAAUAUAGGAUUCCACUCUGUUAGGAGAGAAAAUCCAGCAGAGAUGGUGCAUGGUUGUGAAAUGGCCUUUUAGUGAACAGAAGAAUCCUUCCCUCUUUCCAGUGAUGGAUGUGGCUCUUUGGGGCCAUCACAAGGCAGAUUGCUGGGGACCAAAUCCUGGGGCUCUUUUCUGUUCUCCAUAGAAUCCCCAGCUGGAUGUGGGAGGGAUCCCUCCAUGGCCAUGGCUUGAUGUCAGGGGACUCUGCUCCUAAAAGGAAGGGCUACCUUACUCCCAAAUCCCUCCUCCUGGGCUCGGGGGCGGACAGGGCUGUUAGAAAGCUCCUGUGCUGUCAGUGACAAAAGAAAAUUAGAUUUAGGGCAAAGAAGGAAACUGAGGGUUGAAUUUCUUAACAGUAGCUAAUGAUCAGUUUAUAGUAGCAGCUGUCUUAGAUAAGCAUCUGUGUAGAGCGUGGCAUCUCCGCCAGCAUCACCUCAUUCAUAUAGUGACGAGAAAUUUUAAAAAGUUUAAAAAAAAAAUUUAAGAAGUAAUUUAAAUGAAAUGUUUGUGUGUAAGAAAUGGUUGAAACUGUCAGAUGUCUGUGUCCCACGUUGGUGGGAUCUGAGAAGGUAUCUGCGAGAUAUUAACCCUGUCCUACUCUCUGUGGUGCUGAGUGUUUGCUUGGUGUGUAAUUCUGACCUGGAGCUUGUUGUAAAUACUGUUUUUAGUACUAUGAUUAUUAUGAUUAUUAUUAUCAGAAAUGUUGUACUCAUGAGCAAGAGUUGAAAACAAGAGAAAUGGCCAUUUUCACUCUCUCCUGGGGGCUCAGAAGGAGUCGGAGGCUGGGCCAGGUGAAGGCAGGGUGCCAGUGGGAUGCUGGACCAGAGAGCAGCUGGAAAAUGAUGGAAUUGGGAGCUGGAGGCAGCCGAGUCCUGCGGGCAGGGCAGUGAGAGCGGGGACGGCUGCUCCUCGUGCUGGGAGGAGAAGGAAGGGCUGAGAGGAAGAGUAGAGGUGAUGCUUCAAUUCUAGUACAUAUAAUUAAUUAAGUGUUGAUCUAAACCUCCCCAUGUGGAGGUUCCAGGUGGUUCCUUGCAACCCUGCAGAAGCUGGAGGAUCUGUCAGGUUUAGCAUGUAUUGGAAGAGGGCUGUAACAGGUUGUACUGGUCAGAGCUGUCCUCUCAAACAGCUCCUGAGUCUCCAGGCUCAAUUCCUGCCUGGAGCUUCCCUCUUGGUCUCUUGUGCUGCCCCACACCCCUCUCUUCCCCAUCCCUGGAGCCCAGAUGGGUCUCAAGUGGGGACUUAUUCUUGCAAUAGCUUUUUCUGGCAAAAAUUCCCAUGGCAAGUGCAGAAUGGCCUGGCAGAUGGUGCUCAUGCAGGUGUGAGCACUGGGAAACUAAUUUUUUUCCCCUCUGUCAGGUUGGUGCAGUGAGGGAUGGUGGAUAUGGCUGGAAAAUGUGUUACUGCAGGAGAAGCUCCUGCACCAGAGGAGCAGGGACAUGCAGGGAGAGUUGAGCAUUGGUAAUGUCAGGGAGCUGCUGCCAAGACACGUUGUGCCAAGGAAACAGCCUCACCUGUGGGGCCAGAGGCUUUACGUGUCCCAGAGCCAUGUUUGCCUGGUGCAGAUGGAUGGAGCAGGGAUGUUCAGGAGCUUGUCCAGUGCAACUGGGCACUAUCAGGGAAAUGUAUGACUGCUUUGGCUGCACGGUGUUGGCUGGAUGAGGGGUGUCCACCCACUGCUCCAAACCCAUUGUGGCCAGAAGCUCAUGCAGUGCUGUGCCCAACCUGCAGCACAUGGCUCGGGCCAGGAUCAUGGUUAUUCCAUGCCUUUCCAUAUCCUUUCAUGCUAUUGGCUAUGUGCAGCUGCAUACUUCAUGCCUCAGAUGAGACUAAUUAAGUAACCUCAUUAACAUCCUUACUGCCCCAGCCUGUGUCAUUCCUGGAGCAUUCCCAUGUACCAUGGAUGUGGACAUGGCAUGUAACCCUCCCCCAGUUCUCGGGGUGGCCUUCCUUAUUGUGGGUCCUGUGGUCUCCACUGAUCCUUGAGGAUGUUUAUGAAUCGAGUUCUGAACCAACACUUUUCAGCCCCAUUUUUGCAGCAGCAUAUGGACAUGGGAAUGUGCCUUGUAGGGGGAGCAUCCUCAGGGCACCCACGGCAUCCCCACCCAGACCUCAAGUGUGGCAGUGGUGUGAGGGAGGAAAGUCAGGAGGGUGACAUCAUCAUGUGCAUGCAUAGGCCUUCCAAGAGCCCUCCUGGAGAGGAGCUUUUGACUGGGGCAAGAAACAGGAGCUGAAGCUAAAUGAGCUCCCAACCACCACCAAGAGCCAGGCGAUGGGUGAAGCUGUAGGAAAGCCGGGACCACCGGCCUCGCAGCCCAAAUUACAGCUCUGCACCCACGUUAUUCCCUACAACAGAGCUCAACUCUGCCUGUAAAUAGGUACUUCCAAGGAUGCUGGCCCCUCCGACUGCUUCUGGACUGAGCCUAUUCCUUGUCUUAUUAUUUUGGAGCCAUUAAAAAAUCUUGCUCU